AUGCUUGCAAGCCACUCAGUCAAAUUCACUUCAAAACUUCUCUUUUCGAAAAACACAAGCACGGUCCGAGCCAUUCAAGCCUGCUCGUUCCGUUCUCCAUUUGUACAUCUCUCUCCGAAUCAAAAUUCCUUCCUCAAAGUGUUAAAUAAUCAGAGCGCUUCAUUUUCAAAAUCAAUUGUUUUUUGCAAUGAGGAAAAGAAACAACAACAAACACAACAACAAGAGGAGCCCAAGGAAGAGCAACAAAAUACUGAUCAACAACAACAAACAGGGUCCGAGGAUACAACCAAGAAGAGCUACUUUAAAAAAUUGCUCUCUCCAGCUAACUUGAUUUUACCUGCCGUGUUCGGAAUUAUUUUGUAUAAUUUUGCAAAAUAUGAUGUUCGUCAAAAGAAACGAGAAGCUGAAUUGGACCGUCAAGCCAGUAACAAAGCUGUAAAAGCUGUGGGAGCUCCAAAACUUGGAGGGGCUUUCACUCUUGUUAACACUAAAGGAGAAGUCAUUACAGACUCUGAAUUUAGAGGAAAAUUCAUGUUCAUGUAUUUCGGUUUUACCAAUUGUCCAGACGUUUGUCCUACUGAAAUGAAAAAGAUGACUAAGGCACUGCAAAUGCUUGAAAAGCAACAUCCUGAGCUGGCCGACAAGAUUGUUCCAAUAUUUGUUUCUUGUGAUCCUCCUCGUGAUUCAUGUACUGCUGUUGCUGAGUAUCUUCAGGACUAUCAUCCAAACUUUAUUGGACUUACAGGAACACCUGAUCAAAUCAGCAGAGUGUGUAAAAAGUACCGAGUCUACUAUAAUGCUCCAGACUAUAAGGAAGGAAAACAAGACUACUUGGUUGACCACAGUAUUUUCAUUUAUUUAAUGGAUCCUUAUGGUCAUUUGGCUGAAUACUUUGCUCAAAACACCACAGCUGACAAAGUCUAUGAACGAGUUCUUGCCUCAAUUCAAGAUUACAAGUGGGAUUAA